UUCAGUGCGCCACAUCCGGCGGCCAGAAACACUCGCAAAGGCGCACUUGGAUCUCCCUUACUCUUCGUUGACCCUGCGGCGGCACUGUCGCACGAGAAUGCUUCAAUGGCUCUCCUCAAAAUCUCUUCCGCAACACGCUUCUACUUCAGCUCCCACUCUCCCUCUGUCUCCUGCUCCUGCUCCUCCCAAUUCCCAAGGCAACUCCACCGAAAAUUCAAGCACUGCUUCCUCGCCAGGCCCUAACAUUGCUCGCGCAUACGACGACGCCGUUCAGGCCAACUCCUACAACGAGAUUCGUUCCGUGAUCCAAGCUCCCCUGCAGGACCACCUACACCUGCACCAACAAAUCCAUGAGGUUGAGGUCAUUGACGAAGAGGACAAAGAAGACUCGCAUCACCGCCACGUGCUCGCCCACGCGCUCCGUCCCGAUCGACAGAGCAUCCGGGAGGCUCUCGCUAACGCCGAAUCCCGCCGCGGCGCCGCCACACUCACUAGACUCGCCUCCGAUUACUUCGACCAUAGCGAGAAAACCUGCGGAAUCUACCUCCUCCUUCACCGCAGCGUCCGCCGCGCACGCGACAUAUACAAGCCGCUCCACGAACUCAUCGCCGUUCUCCCCGACGACGCUUCCGGUUCCUUCAACCGCCAUCUCUGCGACCGCGCUUUCGAUCUCUUCGUCCAAUUCGACAGCCAGGAAAACCCGUUCGUCUUCCCGCACAACUUCUCCGACGUCCGUGACAGCUUAUCCGGCCUCAAGCUCGAGAUUGAACGCCGGCGCUUGCGGUGCUAUGCGAGGAUUCGCCUCCUCAAACGGUUCCACACGAGUUGUCUGGCCUGUUUAGUUGUAACCGCCGUGGGAGCAGUGAUCUCGGCCGUGCUGGUCACUGCGCAUGCCGUCGCAGGCUUUGCUGCGGUUGCUGCCUGCGGCGGCUCGUGUCUUCCAAAGAAGAAGGUAAAGAAGGAACUUACAAGGUUGAAUCAGCUGAAUGCUGCAUCAAAGGGUACUCUUGUGAUGAAUGACAUUGACACUGUGAAUAGCCUUGUUGAUCGGUUGCAAACUGCGGUGGAGGGAGACCGGGUGCUGAUUCAGUUCGCGCUGAACCGGGGGAGGGAGAGGCAUCCCAUUCAGGAGGUUCUGAAGCAGCUCCGCAAGAACCAGCAGAGUUUUGAACCGCUGCUUUCGGAACUCGAGGCUGGUGGCUGGUGGUGAGGAGAAGAGUUCCACGUAUGUUAACAAUGGCUAUGAAGGGGGCAUCAUCAACCUCAAGAAGAAGCGUAAGUGGGGUUAGACAAGAAAAGUCUGGUUCAAGCUCAGUUCCAUUUGCACUUCAUGCUGGAGAUGGAAAUGACGUCGUCGCCCCGAGGUGUUUCUGCGGAGUCUAUGCAAUAAUGUAUAUGUCGAAGACCGUUAGCAACCCUAACAGAAUCUUCUUGGUUGUCCAUUCUAUAAGGUAAGUUAAAGAAUUUUGGCUUUGGUUUGAUGUGAGAUGGUUGCAGAUACUAUCUGAUUUUGGGAAUUUUGACAGGGAAAGGAAGGUCAUUGCAAAUUUUUUGUUUGGGUCGAUGAGCAUCUUGCCAGAAUAGGAAGCAAUUGUUGCAUCAAUGACAGGAAACAUGUUGAAGAUGUAGAAGAGGAAGAGGAAUUAGAUCAUAGAAUGGCUGUUUUGGAAGAGAAGAUUGUUGCUUUAGAGAAGAAGAACCCAUUAGCUUGGUGUAUUACUGUAAUUAUAUGUGCUGUAUUUGUUGCUUUUUAUGUAUCUGUUGCUUGAGAGAUGAAGUAUUGAAAUCAUGAUAGAGAAAGGGAUAUUGUAGGUUUUUCUUGUGUAUUGAAUCAUGCUAUUUUGGCAA